AUGAAUACAUAUACCCUUAUGCACAUCGUGUUUUUUCUAGAAAGAGAACAAAGAAUACAGAUUUUUUCAAGGGGAGCUAUUGUUUGCAGCAAUGGGAGUUCCAGCUUUUUAUCGGUGGUUAGCGGAGAAGUUUCCGCUAGUGGUGGUCGAUGUCAUCGAAGAAGAACCAGUCAUAAUCGAGGGAGUUUCCAUUCCGGUUGACACCAGUAAGCCCAAUCCUAAUGGCCUCGAAUUCGAUAAUCUCUAUCUCGACAUGAAUGGAAUCAUUCACCCUUGUUUUCAUCCCGAAGAUAGGCCUUCCCCAACAACUUUUGAUGAGGUGUUUCAAUGCAUGUUUGACUACAUUGACAGGCUUUUUGUGAUGGUGCGUCCUCGAAAGGUUCUGUACAUGGCAAUUGAUGGUGUUGCCCCCAGGGCAAAAAUGAAUCAACAAAGAAGUAGACGUUUCAGAGCUGCAAAAGAUGCAACAGAUGCGGCAGCUGAAGAAGAACGCCUGCGUGAGGAGUUUGAGAGGGAGGGGAGAAAGCUUCCUCCUAAAUCAGAAUCACAAGUUUUUGAUUCUAAUGUUAUCACUCCUGGAACUGAAUUUAUGGCUGUAUUGUCAAUUGCAUUGCAGUACUAUGUCCAUCUAAGAUUAAACAAUGACCCUGGGUGGAAAAAUGUUAAGGUUAUUCUUUCUGAUGCAAAUGUUCCGGGUGAGGGUGAACAUAAGAUUAUGUCGUACAUUCGUCUUCAAAGAAAUCUUCCUGGGCACGAUCCAAAUACACGCCAUUGCCUGUAUGGUUUGGAUGCUGAUCUAAUUAUGCUGGGUUUGGCAACUCAUGAAAUCCAUUUUUCGAUACUGCGAGAGAUUGUUUUCACCCCUGGACAGCAAGACAAAUGCUUCAUGUGUGGUCAGAUGGGUCAUUUAGCUGCAGAUUGUGAGGGAAAGGCAAAGAGAAAGGCUGGAGAGUUUGACGAAAAAGGCGAUAAAAGCAUUGUCAAGAAACCAUAUCAGUUCCUCAAUAUUUGGACUCUUAGAGAAUAUUUGGAGUAUGAGCUGAGAAUUCCUAAUCCUCCUUUUGAGAUAGAUUUGGAGCGCAUUGUGGAUGAUUUUAUAUUUAUAUGUUUCUUUGUGGGGAAUGAUUUCUUACCACAUAUGCCCACACUCGAGAUUCGCGAGGGAGCAAUCAACCUGCUUUUGGCAGUUUACAAGAAGGAAUUUAAGGCAAUGGGUGGAUAUUUGACUGACUCAAGUCAGCCUAAUUUAGAUCGGGUGGAGCAUUUCAUUCAAGCAGUUGGAUCUUAUGAAGAUAAAAUAUUCCAGAAAAGAGCUCGAUUGCAUCAGCGACAAGCAGAUAGAAUAAAGCGUGAAAAGGGGCAACUAAGAAGAGGAGAUGAUGCACAACCUCAGGUUCAACCAGAAUCUCUUGUUCCAGUUUCUCGGUUUCAUGGUUCUCGUCUUGCUUCUGGUCCUUCACCUUCUCCAUAUCAAGAAUCAGGAUCUGGCUACAGUUCUAAGAGCAGACAGGUUAUGGAUUUAAGUGGAAAAGGAAGUUCACAGGCAGGCAAAGUUGCUCGUUCAUCUUCUGCUGCUACUGUUGGUGCCGCCAUCGUUGAAGCUGAGAACAAUCUUGAAGCAGACGAAAAUGAAAAUAAAGAAGAAUUAAAAGCAAAGCUGAAGGAGAUAAUUCGUGGGAAGUCCGAUGCUUUUAACUCUGAAAAUCCUGAAGAAGACAAGGUUAAAUUGGGGGUACCAGGUUGGAAAGAAAGAUAUUACGAAGAAAAAUUUUCUGCCAAAACUCCGGAGGAACGGGAGGCAAUACGGAAAGAUGUUGUUUUGAAAUACACGGAGGGCCUGUGUUGGGUUAUGCACUACUACUAUGAAGGGGUUAGUUCCUGGCAGUGGUUUUAUCCAUAUCACUAUGCUCCAUUUGCUUCUGAUCUUAAGGAUCUUAGUCAGCUGAGCAUAAAGUUUGAAUUGGGUUCUCCCUUCAAACCAUUUAAUCAGCUUUUGGGAGUUUUUCCAGCUGCAAGGUAUUGUAUUAAUUUUUCUUACCUUUUUUUUUCCCUUGUAAAAUUUCAGCUACUAAAUACUAGCUACACCAAUUGCAGCUCUCAUGCUCUUCCAGAGCCGUACAGGAAAUUGAUGACUGAUCCAAACUCACCUAUCAUUGAUUUUUAUCCUACUGAUUUUGAAGUUGAUAUGAAUGGGAAGAGAUUUUCCUGGCAGGGUAUUGCAAAACUGCCUUUCAUUGAUGAAGCACGACUUCUUUCCGAGGUUGAAAAAAUUGAACAUACACUGACGGCAGAGGAAGUCCGGAGAAACAGCAUCAUGUUUGACAUGCUCUUCGUUGCAUCAUCUCAUCCUCUUUCUGUGUCUAUUUACUCUCUCGACAACCGCUGUAAGCAAUUGUCAAACAGCGAAAGAGCUGAUUUUAAAGAAAAAAUUGAUCCCAAAAAUAGGGCUGCGUGCAGUGAAGGGAUGAAUGGAUAUCUAUCUCCAUGUGGUGGAGAACCCUGUCCACCUGUUUUUCGGUCUCCUGUAUCGGGCUUGGAAGAUAUCAUGGAUAACCAAGUCAUAUGUGCGAUAUACAUACUUCCUGAUCCGCAUAAGCAUAUAACUCGACCACCUGCAGGUGUUACAUUUCCAAAGAAGAUUGUUUCAUUGGGAGAUCUCAAACCUGAACCUGUGUUAUGGCAUGAAGAUUCUGGGAGAAGGGGUCCGGAUAAUGGAAGGUAUAAUAAUCAUCCUGGAACCAAUUCCGGACGACAACUAGGAGAAGCAGCUCAUCGGCUGGUUUCUAAUAGCCUACAGGCGAAGGCAGACUACAAUGGAUAUGGAAAUCAUGGUCGCUCACCAUCUUAUGCUGGGGCUCAGUACCAUACGCCGCAGCCUUCCUACAGGACUCACAGGUUCCAUGAUCGGGAACAUCCUAGAAUGCCUACUCCUAGAGAUGUUCACCCUCCUGAAGGUCAGUACCAAUCAUCAAACCGAAGUAGUCCUCACAGUGAUCAUCAUUACAAUGAUCGACGUUGGUAUAAUGACGGACACACAUCAUCUGGUAGCCGCCAUCCCCACAAUGGAUCUCAAUCCCAAUACUAUGAGAGAAAUAACCGUAUGGCUCCUCAGCAUUCCACAAAUUCUAGCCACGUACUGUACCAGUCAGGAACUCCGCCUAAUGUUGGUCCCAUGUACCCUAAUGGCCAUAUGGCACAAACUCCACCUGGAUUUGUUGGUGCCAACACAUAUCCUGGUGGUUACAACCAGUAUCAGAACUACCAAUCAGCUGGAGCGACAGGCCAUCAACAGCAAUGGACAGCCGGUGGUGGUGGUGGGUGGGUUUCACCAGCACAAGCUGGACCGAACAUUGCCAGGGGGUAUGGUCAGCCACACCAAUCAGGUAAUCCAUACUCUGCAUUGCACCAGAGAGCAAAUAAGAGACCACCUCCUGCACAUGGGUAUGGCCGCAAUUAGAGUCGUACUCUUAUUUUCAGCAUGCAGUUUCUCUGGUAGUAAUGAUUGUACAAUAGUCAUUCUUGUUUGGAUAUUAGAAUGUUGUUUAAUUCGACUCUGUCAUUCGUGUUUUCGUUGUUAGUGUAAUCUUAUAGCUAAAGUCCCAUAUUACGUGCGGAGCAGAUUAUGUAACUUUAGUGCCAGGGACUCGUUUGAUUGGUUAUUAUUUUAUUCUUCUGUUGUCUUAGCUUGCGAUACUAAUUUUGUUUUUUUUGAAUUAGAUCAUUUUUAGGUAUAUGAUGCUGUAGCCUUUUGUUAAA